CUCGCGAUAGGCAGUCGUGUAUGGUCCGGCAUCGGAUUCGGUCGGUUACGAAAGAAGAAACAGCGUUGCUUUGCUACAGCAAGCCUUUGUCCGGACACUGGUUCACGCUCGCACCAAAAAGGUAGUGGUGUUUCGUCCUUAUCUCUGUGUAAAGCUGUGCGUUCGUCUGUAGGAAGCGUCAAGGACUGCCACUGCCACUGGUCAGAAAGAAAACGCCGGCAACGGAUCAGUGCUAUCAAACUAGAACCAACCGAUUGGCCAAUAUUGGGCGUGAGCAAGCUAUCCCACAAGCUUCAUCUACUUUAGUCGCAAUUGGCCGUGAAAUUUCUCAUCAAGACGUAACAAGUGUUCUAACAGAUGGUGUCGGAGUAAUUUAAGUGCAUGUGUGAACGUUAAGUUAGAAAAUGGCCGGCAUACUCUUUGUGGUGCACAUUCCAUCCGCUCGAUAUGAACGGGAGUUAAGGCGCAAGGAGCAGGAACAGCUUGCUAAAACGACAACUGUCACCACGGAAGAUGAGAAGGACGGUGAGCGACCGGUCACCAAGUCGGAUGAGAUGGAACCCUUCGUAACGCCACAGCCCAAAAAAGCAUCAUCAAAGAUACCAAAAUCCUGCAAUGUAAUGAAACUGUCUGAUGAUGAUGGUAAAAAUACGGACCCGGUUGGACCACCGGUGAUCAAGUUUAUCGAUCAGGAUGGUGAGGAGGUAGCUUCCCAAACGGUCGACCCUAAGGAGGACGAUGCCGAUGAAGGUGAAAAGGGAAAGGACAAAAAGUCGAACUUCCUGGCGGAGCCGUUCGAUCGGGCAUCUGCACUGCGCAAGUCGUGGGAUGGCUUUAAGGAUCUCAUCGGAUCGGCGCGCAAGGAAAAGACAGCACGUGAGGAGGCAGCCGAAAAGUUGACCCUGACCGGUGACUCCUCGAUGGAAGAGGUGCUGAAAACAAUCAUUGCCGAGAAGCGCAUUCACACUGCUGCCUGGAUCGAAACGGAUAAGGGCAAUGGGUUUCACAUUAUGUUUUCGAUCGAAUCCGGCCCCAUUGGUGAUGAUAUCAUCUACAUGCUUAGCUCCUGGGGCGUUGGCCAACGGUUCAAUUCGACCAUCUCGAUCACGUCAUGCACGCUGUACAGUCAACCGCCGGAACCGGGUUUCGAGGAAGCAGAAGUGGGAGCAGCUAGCGACCCAAACAAAAACAACGAUGGCGCGUGGAACACCUUCCUAUCGACCGUCCGGGCACGGCUAAACGUGGCACAGAUCGUGGAGGAAGUGAAGCAUGAUGCACAAGUGUCAUUCGAUUUCGUGUCGAUGCUUGCGGUGGCUAGUAUUUUGGCUGCGUUUGGAUUGGUUGAGGACAGUUCUGUGUUCCUCAUCGCCAGUAUGCUGGUUUCGCCGCUAAUGGGUCCUAUUAUUGCAGUUAUUUUUGGAACAGUUGUCAAAGAACGUACCCUGCAGUUGAUUGGACUGAAGAAUGAAAUCAUCGGCAUUAUGCUUACCGUAUCGGUGGGUUUCAUCUUUGGCUUGAUCGUGUGCAACAUAGACGAACGGUACAGUGUUGGGGAGGGUAUUACGCAUGAAAUGUUGGCCCGUUGUGAAAUGCACUCGCUGCUGGUCGGUAUUGCCAUUGCGCUACCAUCGGGGGCAGCCGUUGCCAUCGCCAUCUUGGGUGAGAACAUUGGAUCGCUCGUCGGUGUCGCCAUUUCUGCUUCGUUGCUUCCGCCUGCAGUGAAUGCGGGCGUACUGUGGGCUUUAUCGUGUCUAUACUUUCUGUUUGGAUCGGAAGAAUCUCGCUAUGGAACGCUCAUCAAAACUCAAAUUUAUUCCGAAAACCAGGGACUCGAACUAUUCACCCUCGGUUGUAUGAGCAUGUCUUUGACGUUGCUCAACAUUUUCUGCAUUUAUCUGGCAGGCGUAGUGUUCCUAAUCAUCAAAGAGGUAGCACCGGUGGUACCUAAAGAUCAGAAGCAGUUCUGGAAACACGACAUCAAGAUUGCACGCGACUAUAACCGCACGCUGCACACGAAUGAUGGUCACUCGAUGAGCAAAAAUCUCAUGCAGGAGCUAACAACGUUGCACCACAACAAUGAAACAACUGGUGGGCUCCGCGGUGACUACCUACUGAAUUCGGCCUCCAAAGGUAAUCAGAACACCUGGUCGCCGAGACACAACUAUCACCAGCGAGAUCACAGGCCCACGAUCCAGGAACUGGAAGCGCUCUAUCUUAGUCUAUCGGCCAAUACCGCAGAAAACCAGUUCCACUACUCAUCACACCAUGCCGGACCGCAUUUUGCGCACUUUGAACGACUCUCUACCUCACCCACACAACAUCGACGCAUGAAUCCCUCGAAUCCGAUCAACAUUCACGGUGGAAUAUCACGCCACAGUCGAUUCUCGGAGUCACUGCGUGGAGCAUCCGCACCAUUAUCAAAGAUACUAGAGGACGUUGCUGCGGGUACGUCCGGCGCAAAGGGUGAAACCAGUCACGGUGGACAUCAUGGUGGUAAAUCAACGAGAAGCUACGGUUUGCCGGGAUUCAAGCGCAGCUCCAAAAAGUUCACCGUUACCCCGGCUUACGAUCCGAUCCAAAAAGAGUGAGAACUCUCAGGCAGGCAAAAAAAGGAUUCGUAUCGGUUAUACAAAAUGGCUGUUUUAUGUGAAGGGUGCUGUAAGGUGCGUCCGUGGGUCUAGGCCGGGAUGCCGGCAGCAACCGUUUUGGUAUUGUCUAGUUCUUAUUGCUUCGAUUUCUCGAUUGUGAGUGUUUGUUGUUAUUGUUUAAGUUUCACUUUUCUCUUCGUCAUCGUGUUCGUUUGUAUUGUGUCUUCACCGUCCACUAGCAACAGCACAAAUUUGUAAAUAGUCGUAUCGUGUAAGACCGCAAUAGUUCUUAAGCGAAGAUCAGGUAAGAAAGGCAACAUUUGCCUGGUGGGUAGUCUGCAGGAAGCAAACGUGAUUAGGCAUCUCAUGUGGUCUACCAGCCCCAGAAGCAAAUACGAAGGUACUGUACUUAAUCGGUUCAAUGCUAAAUGAACGUGAAAGAUGCUUCCAAGCAUCAGCUAAGGCAACAUGCUUAUCGUACACAAUGAUUCUAAUAAACAUCGUGUGGAGGUGAUGAAGAUUA